UACGCCAUGGCGGUCUCAGAGGACAAGGUUCCCGGAGAGGAGGUGGGUCGAUUGAAGGCCAGAGAUCCUGAUCAGGCAGAGAACGGACUGGUGGAUUAUCGAAUCUUGGAGGGAGACGGCAUGAACCUCUUCGAGAUCACCAAGGAUUCGGAGACCCAGGAGGCAGUCAUCAAACUGAAGAAGACUGUGGACUUUGAGACCAAGCGAUCGUACACACUGAAGGUAGAAGCCUCCAACACACACAUUGACUCCCGUUUCGCUGCCUGGGGUCCGUACAAAGAUACGACCAUUGUGAAAAUAUCAGUAGAAGAUGCAGACGAGCCCCCGACCUUCAUGGCUCCCGGCUACAACUUUGAGGUGGAGGAAAACGCCCCGGCAGGCACACUGGUCGGCCGUGUGCAUGCCAAAGACACCGACAUCAUGAACAACCCCAUCAGAUAUAUGAUCCCACGCUACACAGACUUGGAAGAGUUUUUCACCAUUAAUACUGAGGACGGCAUUAUUAAGACCACAAGGCCUUUAGAUCGGGAAGCACAGGCUUGGCACAACAUCUCCGUCAGUGCUACAGAGAUUGGUGGCCAUCACCAAGAUGCAAAAGUACGAGUCAAUAUCAAAGUCAAAGAUGUGAAUGACAAUGCUCCAGAAUUUGCCGCUCAAAAUGAAGUGCUUGUCUGUGAGAAUGUCAGCCCUGGAAAGCUCAUUGAGACAGUUAGUGCUACGGAUAAGGACGAAAUGGCCCACCGCCAGCACUUCCACUUCAGCCUUGCCCCUGAGGUCGCUAACAACCACAGUUUCUCCAUCAAGGACAACAGAGACAGCACUGCUAGCAUCUUUGUGAUCCGGAAGGGCUUCAGCAGAAUGACCCAGGAUGUGUAUCACCUUCCCAUCGAGAUCAAUGACAACGGCGUACCCCCGAUGAGCAGCACCAAUACUCUUAUAAUCCGAGUGUGCAGCUGCGACAGCAAAGACACCAUCCUCUCCUGCAAUGUUGAACCUUUCAUCCUCUCUGCAGGGCUCAGCACCGGAGCUCUGAUUGCCAUUUUGGCCUGUAUUGUUAUUCUACUAGCGAUUGUGGUGCUGUUUGUGGCCCUGCGACACCAGAAAAAGGAGCCUUUGAUCGUAUUUGAGGAGGAAGACAUUCGGGAGAACAUCAUCACCUAUGAUGAUGAGGGAGGUGGUGAGGAGGACACAGAGGCAUUUGACAUCGCCACCUUACAGAAUCCAGACGGUGCCAAUGGCUUCCUGCCCCGUAAGGACAUCAAGCCCGAGCUGCAGUAUCCCAUGUGCCCUGGCCUGAGGCCCAUUGGCAACAGCGUAGACGUGGAUGAUUUCAUCAAAACGCGGAUUUCUGACGCGGACAAUGACCCCACAGCGCCCCCGUAUGACUCCAUUCAGAUCUACGGUUAUGAAGGUAGAGGCUCUAUCGCUGGCUCUCUGAGUUCCUUGGAGUCAGUGACCACAGAUUCAGACCUGGACUACGACUACCUCCAAAGCUGGGGGCCGCGCUUCAAGAAACUUGCCGAUCUUUAUGGCACCAAAGACUCGGCUGAUGACAACUCUUAACAUUCGCUCAAAUAAGUAAUUUUUCAUCUCCCUCUACCCGGUCCUCCUCCACUAACUCUGUGUAUUGUGAAGUUUACUAUAAGUAUUCCAUGAGUUUUUCACUUUAUAGUAAACUUUAGGCUGUUUGUUAGUAUACGCGCAGUAUACUAGAUGCUGGGAGAGUCAUAGGUACGAUCACAAUGUGCUAUGGGGGAGUCAGAAGGGUAGAAAUAUAUAUUUUUUGUCAAAAACAAAAUAAAACAACAACAACAACAACAACAACAAAAAAGAUAAAAGACACAUAGACACAUCUGUGGUGGACGUGUCUCUGUGGAGUGUAUGAAAUAAGGAAAUAUGUGACAAUGUUGUUUAAGAACUGAAGAACAUUACGUUUCACUAUUGAUGUUUGUAGGUUCCUACAGGUUUGAGGUUAUGGAUGUGGAUCACAGAGAGACAUGGAUUUGCUGAUACUGUGAACGAGCUCACGAAGAAAUAAAAACAAAAACAGUUGCCUUAUUAAUAAUCUGGAGCGAACGUCAGCAAAUUAAGACUUCUGUAACUUCUGUAGCGCCUCCAUAUUGUCUUUGGAGAUAUUGUCCAAACAGGUCCUCUUGUUUUGUUUUGAUUUUGGUUUGUUUUUAUUUAUAUAUA